GUUUGGAUUACAAGGUCCAUCAUCCUCAGACAAGCGGUAGCCGCGUGCUGGGAUUCAGUACUUUGGAGCGCACUAUGUUGGGGUAGGCAUAUCUACACUUCUGUGGGAGUAAACCCGAUUGAACUCGCCUUCUAAUAGGUGGUUGGUUUUAGUAUUUAGAGAAUAGUUUGUUUGUUUGCUUGUUUAUUAGAUUUAUAUGGUGCCUAUCUCGCCUAGAGGCUACUCUAGGCAGUUUAUAAGUAAAAUAAUAAAUAUUAACACUAAAAUUGAUUUAAAUUGACAAAGAUGGAAAAGAAUAAAGCAGAUACACACAGGGAGGAGAUGGGGGUUUUAACUCAGUCCGUUAACCACCUCCAGAAUGACACAUUUCCAUUUGGGCCCAGAUCAGUUGGCAGAGCCAGGUUUUCAGGCCCUUUUCUCAGGCCAAAGGGAUGGGUGCAGAUCUCACUUGGAGGGGGAUGAUGAUCUAGAGGUUUUAAUAACUAAUAUCUACAAAAAGUCCUAAUAAGGUUGGAUAUUGUGUGGAUCCCUGUGUUUUGAGGACUGAGCCAAUUAUAUUCUUGUGGGAAUGAGGCUACUGUGUUAAACCACAAUAUGGUUAAUUUACACUGUGUGCAAGCGAGGCACUUAGCAUUAGGCAAGUGAGUAUUUUGACCAUAUCAUUUUUAUACAUCUCCAAGCUGUAUAAACUUGAAUGCUUAGUGGAUAUAAGUAUAUCAGUGAUGUGUUUUUGUGUAAUGAGGGAGUGUAUGGUCUAAGGAGAUUAAAACCCUAUAUCAAUGUGUGCAUAAUUAUUAGGCAGCUUCUUUUCCUCAGGCAAAAUAGGCCACAAAAGAGAUUUAACAGACUCUGAAAAGUCAAAAAUUGUAAAAAGUCUUUCAGAGGCAUGCAGCACUCUUGAAAUUGCUAAGAUAUUGGGGGUAGGAUCACAGAACCAUCAAACGUUUUGUUGCAAAUAGUCAACUGCGUCACAAGAAACUUGCUGAGAAAAAAAGUCACACAUUAACUGCCAAAGAUGUGAGAAGAAUUAAAUGUGAAGCUACCAGGAAUCCAUUAUCCUCCAGUGCUGUCAUAUUCCAGAACUGCAACCUACCUGGAAUGCCCAGAAGUACAUGAUGUUCAGUGCUCAGAGACAUGGCCAAGAUGAUUUUAAACCAGCAUCUAUAGAUACGUCUUGUGAAGGGGAGCUUCAAGUUGGCAAAGGAGAUGAAGUCACAAUUACAUUACCACAUAUUCCUGGUUCUACACCUCCAAUGACUGUAUUCAAAGGAAACAAAAGGCCUUACCAAAAAGACUGUGUACUUAUUAUCAACCAUGAUACUGGGGAAUAUGUGCUGGAAAAGCUAAGCAGCAGCAUUCAAGUCAAAAAGACAAGAGCUGAAGGCAGCAGUAAAAUCCAAGCACGGAUAGAACAGCAAUCUGCUCGAGCUGCACAAUCUUCUACCCAGUUCAGAGCUCCAACAAAGCCUGCAGCUGGACCUAAAACUUCACCACUGAAAGACAAUCCUUCACCAGAGCCUCAAUUGGAUGAUAUUAAAAGAGAGCUAAGAGCUGAGGUUGAAAUUAUUGAGCAGAUGAGUAGCAGUAGUGGCAGCAGUUCAUCUGAAUCCGAGAGUUCCUCUGGGAGCGGUGAUGAAACUUCCAGCAGUGAUGGAGGUGAAGCUGCACAUCCUUCUCCUUCUCAGCAGUGUAAUACCAAGAAUGUAGUUGCCAAUGGUACUGGCAGGGCACAAGGCAACAAUCAACUCAUGAAUACUCUCAGAAAUGACUUGCAGUUGAGUGAAUCUGGGAGUGACAGCGAUGAUUAAAUUAUAUUUGCUGCUUUGGUUUCCUGUCAAAUAAAAAUGCAGAUUUAAUGAAGAGUAAUACAAAAGUGGUAACUGAUUUACUGGAACCCAUCUAUAUAAAUAGAAUUGUUAACAUUAUGUGACCUGAAGGGAACAACAAACGUUCUUGGAUAGAACUGUCCUCUGUUUAUUCUAUGUUUAAAUUAAACCUGUUAUAGUAUAAUCUAGCUUUUUUUCAGUAGGUGUGAAUAAUUUUAAUCUAAAACUGAAAUCUAUCUUCAAACAUGUCCUACACCAUGUAUUCUAAUAAGAUUCUUUGCUUGAGUCCCUUGAAAAUUUAAAACAAAAGUUAUUGGUAAGAUAGAUGUCAACCAUUUUAAAAAACAAUAUAUACACCGUAUUUUCGGACUAUAAAACAUUCCCCCCCCUCAAAAAAAAAGUGGGUGAAAAUGUCUGUGUGUCUUAUAGAAUGAAUAUUAUGGCAGGGAGGGGGGUUGAUGCGAUGCUGAUCAUCUGUUCUAGGCGGCGGGGAUCGCCUCCACUGCCUAUUGCCAGCACUGGGCUGUUCGCCACCAAUUGGCGGCGAACGGAAUGCAGUGAGCAGACAGAUUUUUUUUUCUUGUUUUCCUCUAAAGCUAAUCUGCGUCUUAUAGUCCGGAGCAUCUUCUAGUUUGAAAAAUAUGGUAAUUUGAUAUUCAAUGAGAUAUCAGAAUAAGAAUGAUACUACCUAGAUUUCAUAAGUUUAAGGCAGGGGCACAAAAUUACAAAAGUGAAUAUUUAUGGGGAAUAAAAAUUCCCUUGUGACAAGGAAAGUUUAAUUAUCUAGAAAAAAAAAAAUCUCUCUCUGCUAUUUUUUUCAGGCUGCCUUGAUAAUAUUUUACACUAUAAACACUUGGCAAAAGUAUGUAAGAGCAGGCUGAUUAACAGAAUUUCUCAAAAAUGAAUUGUGAAUUUAGCUGUAAGGAUUUACUAGGACUUUUUUUAUUUUUGCAGGAAAUUUAUAUGGUCAUUUGCGCACAAAUGGCCAUUUGUGCGCAAAUAAAAAAAUAUAUAAAUUCCAUCUUAUUACUUAUGCGAGUAUUUCAGAUUGUGCAUAUAUAUCUGCUGUUUAAGUAUUGAAGAAGUCAGUAUUGUUUAGUGCUCCAUACUCCCAAGCACAAUUAAAUUAACAUUACAAUAUAGAAAUAAUUGUAAGAUUUUCUUGUUUACUAAUAUUUAAUGCAUAUAGCAUGAUAAGGUCUGAAACUUCAGAUGAGAUAACAGAAAUACUGUUUCAUAUUGAUCGUAGAACAAUUGUUAGCCAUGACACACAAGUUUUUUGUUUCAGACACUGAUCAGUCUCAUCUGUCAAGCUACUUUGGUUAUAAGAAGAGACAACCCUUCACAUUGUUUCCUAAUGAAUUAUUUUAAACUUCAUACAUGCUUUGUACUACAUACCAGCUAAUCCAUUUAUACAAUAAUUUGAAAUUUUAAAAACUUAAUGCAGAAAACUUCUUUCACUACUAAAAAUUAUUUCUUGAGAAUAUCAGUUGACUCAACUGAUAUUUUCAAUAAAUAAUAUUUUAGUGGUGAAGUUUAAAUUCAAUUUAAAUGAAUUUUUGGUAGACUGCUUGUCUAGAGCUAACAAAUAAAUAGAGGGAGAUGAGCAGUGUUGUACAUUCUGGGAAGUAAGAUAAUUUUUUUGAGGGGGAAGGAGAACAAUACACUUUAAACUUACCGUCAGGUCUAUGAGCCUUUCAUCACUGCCCAAAUUCAGAAUGAGGGGGAUGUUUGUUCAUUUUUGUUUUGAUUGACACAUUGUAUUCCAUUAAGGCUUGGUAAGAGCCUUGGUAGUACAGUGGUCUAAGGCACCCUGUUAUUAAGCUGGUUAAGACCAGAUGCCUGCAAUUACUGCAGGUUCGAAUCUCGCCAAGGCUCAAGGUUGACUCAGCCUUCCAUCCUUACUAAGGUAGGUAAAUUGAGGACCCAGUUGUGGGGGCAAUAAGCUGACUUUGUAUAAAUAUACAAAAGAAUGAAGGCUAUUGCUUAGCGCAUUGUAAGCCGCCCUAAGUCUCCGGAGAAGGGUGGCAUAUAAAUCAAAUUAAAAAAAAAAAAAGGCUGUAAAAAUUAAGUUUCAAUGAAAUCUCAGAAAGAGGAUUCAUUUUUUUUCUGUAGCAUUGCAAGAUGAUGUCGUACUUAUAUAAUUUUGACUAAAGCAAGAUAAAUUGUUCUGGUUAAUAAAUAUAUAAAUAUUAAUAUGGCUGCAAGGCUGCAGUCUUAUAUGUGCUUCUUCCAAAGUCAGCUUAAUUAGGGCCUUUUUAAAAAUGAACUUUAUCAUGGAAUUUCAAUUAUUUUAUAGAGGCAUGCAAAUAGUAAUCUGAAGGAACAGAAUAUUCCAACAGUGGGAGAGGGCUUCCAAACUAUUCACGGUCCAUAACAUUUGCACAGAAGAUGUUGUUUUGAUUCCUAAAGGGAAUUCUUCUGAUUCAUAUGGCCAAAAAAGCAGGACUAUUGAGACAACUGAAGUGUUCAACUGUUCAAGUAUUAAAGGAAUAAAAAUAGGAAUGAAAUAUAAGAAGUAUAAUACAUUAUUUUUUGAUGCAAUUUUGCCUCAGAUGUACUUGUAUCAUCAAUCUAUAUUUGUUUAUAUUUCUGUAAUUUAGAUUAUAUCAUUUGUAACAUUUUGUAGUUUUUCUUUUAAAAAUGUAUUUAAAUUAAAAAAAAAUAAGCUUCAGCACAAA